UCCUCGAGCCAGCCGGGCUUGCACCUUACUUUUCUACGCUCGGCUCUGGAAAACAUGCUUGCAAGGAGCAAAAACAGCUGGGAUGCUGUGAAGUCUCUUAUCGCCGGGUUCUGGAUCAUUUUCAGCGUCUGUUACGUGUUAGGUGCUCACGGCCAGGAGGGUGAUGGCUGUGGACAUACACAGCUGGGACCAGAGUCUGGCACCUUGGCCUCUCAGAACUAUCCAGGCACCUACCCCAGCAACACCUGGUGUAAAUGGAGGAUUCGUGUGCCAGAAGGGCGAACGCUGCGACUACUGUUUGGGGAUUUUGAUGUUGAGAGCAGUCCGGACUGCAGCAAUGGCUCUUUUACUAUCAUAGAUAAGAACGGAGGAACCAGCCUGGGUCCACUGUGUGGGAGGCUUAAUGCAUCACAGAAGAAUGUGACACUUAAUAGCAAUGAAGUGAUAAUAACUUUCGAGUCAGGCCCACACCACUCUGGACGAGGGUUUCUUCUGUCUUACGCCACGAACCAGUAUCCAGAUCUCAUUUCUUGUUUACAACGAGGAUCUCAUUUUAGCUUGCAGCGUUUUAGUGUGUACUGCCCUGCUGGAUGCAAGAAUGCCACAGGCGAUGUUUGGGGAAGUUAUGAAGAGGGUUACAGAGAUACCUCAGUCCUGUGCAAGUCUGUAGUACAUGCUGGAGCUGCAUCUGACAGUCUGGGAGGCCGUGUCACUGUGACUCGUGAGAGAAGUCUUAAACUCUAUGAAUCCACCUUCGCCAAUGGCAUCCUGUCUAAAAUGGGAUCAUUAUCUGAAAAGAAGCUGCUCUUCACCGAAGAAUGUAAAAACAUCCUGGAUGUUUCUGGUUUAAAUGCCUCAUCUUUCGGGGAGAAAAACAGCCAAGAGCACAAAAGUUCCUGGUCUUCCCAAAACAUGGAUUCUGGCCUUAAGUUCUUAUCCUGGGCAGCAGACAGUAAUGAUCCGAACCCUUGGGUGGAGCUGGAGCUGAGUGAUAGAAAAACCAUCACAGGAAUAAUAACAACAGGCUCAAAUGACUUCUACAUAGAAUCCUACAUUCUUCUUUUCAGCAAGGACAGAAAAAAUUGGAAGCUUUACAAAGGUGCUCUCAGCAAAGAAAAAAAGGUGUUUCAGGCAUAUUCUGACGGCAACUUCAGGGUGCUAAACAGCCUGUUUCCUUCCGUGGUGGCUCGGUAUGUUCGGUUACAGCCGCUGAGCUGGCACGGCCGAGCUUUUGCUCAGGUCAAAGUCUUGGGCUGUCCUGUUGCCAAGGUCACACCAAAGUCCCAAUCACCUGAAGAAUCUCCAUCCAUCAAAGUUAACAUGGGCACACCGCGCCCCAGCCCCUCUCCCACUCCCACAGAGGGACCAGUUUUAGUUGAAACAAAACCGAGCUCCAGUCAGUCCAUCAUAGUAGCAGUGGGAGUGGUCCUGGGACUGAUAAUGUGUGGCAGUUUGAUGGCUGGAGUCUGGUGGAAGAGAAGGAAAAAAGAUUCACAAAUGAAGUGCUCCUUGCCAACAAGUUGUCAGAGUUUCCAGGCAAAGAGUCUCCCCUGCCCCCAGUCAGAGCUUAUCUCCUACCCUGUGGAGCGAAAUGUCCAUGACGCUCUCCCUACCCCCCCUCUUAAUAACUAUGCCGCGCCAGCUAUUGGACAGAAGGUUGGGUCAACAUUUAGGCCUUCCUCAGAUGAGGGCUACACCGUUCCCUUCACCUUCAACCAUUACGACACCCCUGGCAUCCUCCCAGAGUACGCCGAGCCACUUCCCCCUGAGCCUGAAUACGCCACCCCAUUCUGUGAGCAGCCCUCUGAGUCCCUCCUGCCAACUUCAGCAGGGGUCGCUCACAGCAAUAUACACGGCCCUCCAAAGCCAGUAUCUAGCACUGGUGCCAGUACAACAUGCAGCCACAGCCAUGCUCAGUAUGACUGCCCUUCACACAGGGUACUGUCCAAUGGCUACUGCACCCCUGCCCUUCAUGCCAACGGGCCACGACCAGUCAGUAUUGUCUAUGCAGAGCCCAAGUCUUUUGACUUUUUACUACGCAGCCACACAUAGGCACAGAGGCUUUGUGAACACAGCAAGCUCAGACAUGGAGAAAAAAAAGACUCCUGAGCUAAACUGUUUGUUGGGACCAGAGGACCACUUGGAUUGAUCUCAGUUGGAUGCUAAUCUGACUGUACUAAUGUGAGCAGCAAGUAAUGUUCCCAAAUCUGAGAGGUCACUUGGGACCACUAUGCAUAUAUGAGGGUACACUACUCAAGAGUACACCAUG